AAACCCAGAGUGUUUUUUAGCUGUGUGAUGUCAUAUAUGUGACUGACUGGGAAUGAGAUACCAGGGCCCGCGGAGGUUGGAGUUGAGGUUAACUACAGCAGCUGCCACGGUUUCGACGUGACCCACCAACAUGCAACCGGAGAGGUGUUACAAAAAUAAAUGAAAAGGAAGUGCAUUGGACAUCUGCUGAGUGCGGGAUACCUGCGUGAAACAAACCACCAUCCUAAAAACGAGACUAGAAGGAAGCUGCGUACUUGUGUGUUUGUCUGUGCGCUUUAUCAAAUGCGUAAACUACAAUCUGCAGUGUUAAUCAUGCUACCGCUGCAACAACCAACCCAUCCAUGCACCGAGCCGGGUAAAACAAGUUCAGAACAGGUUGUAAUGAUGAUAUAAUCAGGCUGAAGAAGAAGGAGCAGAGGAACCUCCAGCUGACCCGGUUUUCCCAGGGGAAGCCCAGGAUGAACUGGAAGCUCCAGCCGGGCUGGCCAGCACCUCCAAUUCCGAGAACAGCAUGGCGCGGGACCCAGCAGCAGAGAGGCCUAGGGAUCAACAGGCUGGGAGUCCAAGGGAAGAAGCUGCUGCCUGCCGUGGGGAAAAGGCGUGCCCAGGGCAUGGUCACGUGGCUGGCUGCCAGAAAACCUGGAGUGCUGCGGAAAGGAAUCAGCCCGCUAAACAGACCGGCUUUCACUCAGAUGAGAGCCCAUCCUGGGUUGCAGAGAAGGAUGCCCCCUUACACACAAACUGAUGCACAGAGGAGGCAGCUGCCAGCUGUGACAGGGCCUGUCGAGCAUAGAAGGAAUGUUUUGCCAGCCAGCAUCCCCAGGCCAGCAGCCCCACCACUAGCAGCACAUCGCCCCCCAGCUCACCAGACCCAGAAGGAGUUGCGUCAGGCCACUUUCCUGUCCAGGAGAGGGCUCAAGGUUCAGACUCAUUUGCCGACAGUGCAAAGCAAGCCACCAAUAACCCAAAGAACGCGACAUUUUGCUUCUGUCACCAGAUGGCGCACAUCCACCACAGAUGGAGGCAUAUUGACUGUAUCCAUAGACAACCCGACUGCCAGAAUAGUGCCACCAGACCCCCCCAGGCCACGGGUCCUGCGCCCCCCGAUGCCUCCUGCCCCCCUGAAGCUGGAGGAGAAGAAAGUCCCCAAAGGAGUGCCUCUGGAGUUUGACAUCAGCAGCAUGGGGAAGCAGACGGCCCUGACCCUGAAUGAGCGGUUUAAAAUCCUGAAGGAUCAGAGGACGGCUGUCGCUCAGAGUAAAGGGAACCGCUUUGUUACAGUGGGGUAAAGAGCGACGCCAGCCAGCCUUCCACGCACCACUGAAGUUCGCACCAAACAACUUGCAGGGAGCAGCUUCCCUUCCUAUUCAGGACAGUGAUAUAGCAGAUUUGUGAUUCGGAACCCUUACUUUGUACAAUGUUAAAAAGAGUGCCAGCUGGGAUUUUGUUUCGAGGUUAAUAAUGAUGCAGAAGAUAAGGACUUGGGUUGAGAGAGAUGGAGACACGCAGUUUUCUGUAUUUCAUCUUGGUGGGGGGAAAUCUUAACAAAAACACCCCCUAAUGCAGUGAAACGGCAGGAUAAAAAAAAUAAGAAGUAGUUUAUUUUAUCUGUGUUUUUUUUUUAAAUAAGCGCAACAAGUAGCACGUUUUGCUUUUUUGUUUUAAGUUGUGUUUUAAAAGUGCCCUUUUAGAAGCUGGGAGUCUGCUGCGGCUCUCUUCAGCAGUUCUCCCCUCUCGGCGCACACACCCGCACCCGGUUCUGCGAUUCUUCUGAGACGAGCUGUGCCCUUUUGUGUUCAGCUGGCUGAUUGCCCGCACUGGGGACGUUUGCCCCUGUGCCUGUUUGUUACGGUUGCAGUAAUUGUUGCACAAAAAAAAAAAUAAUAAUGUGUUGAAUUCUGAAUAAACAAAAAAAAACUUUUUUAAAAAUAAA